AGCGGUAAUGAACCGCAUCCCCAAACCAUCCCAUCCUUAGUUGAUUCGAGCUUGGGCCAGGCCGAUCGGCAGGAGACCGCGGACCAAUGGUUGCCACCAACCAUCCCUCCAUGCCAUUUAGUCAGCUCUUGAUCGUGGCCAUCUCGUGUCAUGGUGCUUCUCGUUCAGUUCCAGUGAACAACACCUCCUUUGGGCUCCUCGAACAUCUGCCGUCUUCUUGGCUGGUGCCGCCGUCCGCGCGACUCCUCUCGUGUUCGCCGCAUCGUCUCCGCCACCGCUCGACACCCGAUCAUUCCUCCGCAAUAUCUCCUUCCGUCAUUCUCUCGACGAGACCCGUACCCCUCUGACCAGUGUUACUAGCUCAGUUGCAACAAUGGGUGGCUCGUUAUCUCACUUCAAGCUACUAGCGAUUCC